AUGGCGAUGCAGUCACCCCAGCCAUUGAUGAGCUCUCUGAUGAAGCAGCUUGAUCCUUACCAGAUCUCCCUGGCUCCAUUGAAGGCGGACUACGUCAAUAACCAUGACCGCGAGGUGGAGGACGACGACGUGGCUACGAUUCCAGUCAUGGUAGACUUAACUCAGAUCAUGUUCAAAGCAUCUCAUCUACUCUACCAUUCGUUGAAAAACCCUAUGGAUGAAACGUCGCAGUUUGCCAUGCCCCUGGACAACGAAUUAGAGCAGUGGGAAACUAACUACUCCCUCUUCCUGAACGUUGACGCCGCAACCGUCAACGACCCAGAAUGGGCCUUCAAACGGAAACUCGUCUUACGUCUGAGAUUCUACAACGCCAGAACUCUCCUCCACCGCCCCUUCCUCGCAGCAUCAACAUACAACCAACACCCCAGUCUCCUCUAA